AUGGGGUUCGGAGAUAAGUGGAGAGGUUGGAUGGAAAAGUUGGUGUUCAAUAGUCAUAUGUUGAUUCUAGUGAAUGGGAGUCCGACGGAUGAUUUUGAAGUGGGUAAGGGGUUGAGGCAAGGUGAUCCCCUAUCUUCUUUUCUCUUUGUUUUGGUUUCGGAGGGUUUAACGGAAUUGGUUAGGAAGUCUAUUGAGAUUGGUGAUUUUGAUUGUUUCUCCAUCAAUCGGAAUUGUCCAAUUGAUAUCCUCCAAUUUGAGGACGACACUUUGUUGGUAAGGAAAGGGAAUUGGAAUCAUGUUUGGGCAAUAAAGGCGGUUCUUAAGGCUUUUGAGUUGGUGUCGGGCUUAGGCAUAAAUCAUCACAAAAGCAAACUAAUCGGGAUAAAUCUUAAUGUGAGUUUUUUGGAAGCGGCUUAG